AUGGACAACCUCCCAGCUCUUCCACUUCCCGAAGGGAUCAGAGAAUCAUAUCUACCCUCUCACGAUCUUACUUACCAUUACCUUUCGUCAGGAAACCCUUCUUCUCCUCUCAUUCUACUUCUUCAUGGAUUUCCGGAGCUAGCUUUCUCAUGGCGGAAGAUAAUGCCAGCUCUUGCCGCUGAAGGAUAUCAUGUUGUUGCAUAUGACCAGAGAGGCUACGGAAGAACGACCGGAUGGGACAGCAGACCAUUCGCAGAAGUCGAUUUAAAUACCUUUGCACUUACGAUGCUAGUUCGAGAUGCUGUCAUAUUAGUAAAUGCGUUGGGAUAUCACCAAGCAGAAGCCGUUAUCGGUCAUGACUUUGGAGCUACUGGUUCAGCUAUGUGUGCUUUGAUGCGACCCGAUAUCUUCAAAUCUUGUGUCAUGAUGUCACAUCCAUUCAAAGGCUCACCAAGUCUUCCAUUCAAUACUGUCUCUGGCCAGAGCUCGUCUGGAGAGAAAAGCGAUGUUCACAAGGAUCUUGCAAAGUUAUCUGAGCCACGGAAACAUUACAAGUGGUAUUACUCCACCUCUCCUGCUGCAGAAGAGAUGGAUAAUCCAAAGGAAGAGCUCCACCAAUUUCUACGUGGAUACUUCCACCUGAAAAGUGCAGAUUGGAAAGGCAAUGAUCCCAGUCCUUUGAAAGCUUGGGAAGCAAGUGAGCUUGCGAAGCUACCAUACUACUAUGUUAUGCCAUUGCACUCUGGAAUGCGAGACUCAGUACGCAUACCAAUGGCCAACGAAGAUCCUGCAACUGUCUCUAAACUUAGUCAAAGAUGGCUGAACGACGAAGAACUUUCUGUCUACUCCGAAAGUUGGAAAAGCACCGGAUUUCAAGGCGGUUUGAAUUGGUAUAGAGUUGCCACUGAUCCGAAGAACAUGAAAGAUGUUGAGCUUUUUGCUGGAAAGAAAAUUGAUGUUCCGUCCUUGUUCAUCUCAGGAAAGCAGGAUUGGGGGACUUACCAAGAACCGGGUACCGUCGAGAAUAUGGGAAAUGUUUGUAGUCGGUUCAAAGGCGUUGAACUCAUUGACGGAGCUGGGCAUUGGGUUCAACAGGAACAACCUGAAAAGGUCAUUGAAAUUUUGGCGAAGUUUUUAAGAGAAGUGAAGAAAGAUGCGAUGUCUUACUAA